AUGAACUCUAUGACCAAAGGGCCGCCUCAACCACACCGUGCCUCUGUUCACUCCCACCCUGCCAAAAACACGAUCCGUGCCUCUGUCACUCCACCCUGCCAAACCACACGUGUCGUUGCCGACUCUCACCCUCCCCAUAACCACACGUGCUCUUUGCCACUCCCACCCUGCAAUCCAGCACUGGUGCCUCUGCACUCCACCCUGCCCAACACACGUGACCCUUCUGUCACUCCACCCUGCCAAACCACACGUGGUCUGCUGCCACACCUUGCCAAACCACACCGUGCUUCAGCCAUUCUCCACACUGCCAACCACACGUGUUCUCAGCCAAUUUCCACCCUGCCCAACCACAGCGUGUCUCAGCCAUCUCACCCUGCCAACCCACACGUGUCUCAGCCAUUCCACCCUGCAACCACCCACGUCCUCUGCACUCCACCCUGUCCAACCACACGUAGCCUCGUCACUCCACCCUUGCCAACCACCACGGUGUUCUCUGCCACUUGCCACCCAGCCAAACCACAGCGUGCUCUGGCCACUCCACGACCUGCCAACCACACGCGUCUCAGCCAUUCCACCUGCCAACCACACGUUGUCUCAGCCAUCCACACCUGCCAACCCACACCGUUGUCUCCAGGCACAUUCCCACCCUUGCCACAACCAACACGUGUCUCAGCCACGCCACCCUGCCAACCCACACGUUGUCUCUGCCCACUCCACCCCUGCCAAACCACACGUGCCUCUUGCCACAUCCCCACCCUGCCAACCCACACGUGUCCCUGCCACCACUCCAUCCUGCCAACCAACCGUGCCUCUGCCCACUCCCACCUGCCAACCACCACGGUGCCUCUGCCACUCCACCCUGCCAACCACACGUGCCUCUGCCACUCCACCCUGCCAACCACACGUGUCCCUGCCACUCCAUCCCUGCCAACCACACGUGCCUCUGCCACUCCACCCUGCCAACCACCACACAUAGUCUCAACACUCCACCCUGCCAACCUAUGCACCGGAUUCAAGUUCAGGAAAACGCUGUAUCAUGAGCGAGAGUACGACGCCUCCUGCAGUGACGUCGAGCGUUCUUGUGGCACUGGAUACCUAGACGUUGCAGUCGAGACGAUGUUUACAUUUUACAAGAACGCUCGUCACAGGAGACUCUUAAAAAAGGGUGGAGGUAGCAUGACCAGCAGCUCAUGGUUAGUGUGA